AUGGAUAAUAAUUUUAUUGAAAUAAAUCUAAAUAACUCUACCUAAGAGCCAUCCUGCAUUACGUUUGAGAAUUGGGUCGAUUAAUUAUAAAACCCUGAUUUUAGAAGAGACUUAAACUAAUGUAAAAAUGAUAUUGAAAAAAUUGCUCUAUUUCCCAUAGUGGGAUAUGGGCUAAAAGUUAAGUUUCUUAAUACACCUGAUUUUAGCGUUAAAGUUAUAUCUAUCUCGCAAGUGGAAAAAAUAAUAGAUUUAUCAACAAUAGAAUUAGGAAUGCAACUUUACACAAGAGACAGGCCAAAUUGUAUACUUCCAUUAUUAAAAAAGUAAGAAAAAAAUGAUGAAUUAUUAAAUUGUGAACUAUUCAAGAAGAAAAUGUCCUUCUUAAUAACCAAAAACCAUCAAUUAUAUAAUGAAGACGCAUAUAUUUUUUUAAUUUAGAGUACAUUGAAAUACUUAAUAAAAUACAAUAAUAAUUAAUUAUGGCAAUAAGAAAUGGCUUAGGAAAUAUUUGAGGUUUGUGAAUAAGUUUAUAUGAAGUAAAAUAAAAAAUAUACAGAUUCAAUAUACAAUGAAGCUUUUAAAAAUUCAAAAUUUUAAUUGCUGAAUGUAUUUUGUUUGUUUAAGGACAAAAAAAUUGAACCUGAAGUAAUUUAUAAGGAAUUUAUAUCGCCUAAAUUAUAAAACAUUGACAAGAUAUAAUUAAACGAUGAAGGGUAAAAUGGAUUAGGGAAUUUUUUUGAUACACUUAAUUUCAACAACAUAAUUUAAGACUUUGAUGACAUAAAUGGAUGUAUAUAAGGAUAUUUAGAGGAGAAUAAUUAUUUUUAUUUAAGAUUAUACCACGGAAAAUUUGUAAGCAGUUUAAUUUAAUAUUUUGUUCCAAUCCAAUAAUUUAAAGAACAAUUUAAAAAGGAAAUCCAUGAGAAAUAAAAAAACUUAAUUAAAAAUUUUGCUUAAUCAGCAAUUUAUAAAUUUUUAUUUAAUAACCUUUUUAUAAAUUAUUAGGAGGAAAAAAAAAAAAAAUUGUUUUCAUAACUAAAUUAAAUAAUUGAAAAAGAUGAUUACUAUUCAUUUUUAUAAUCAUAAUCGAAGUAUGAAGAUUUAACUUUAUACUACAAUUUGAAUAAAUUUUUAAGUAAUUAAGACACAUAUCAAAAUGGAUUAAUUCAAUUUAUUAAUUAUACGGUAUAGUAAUUAUUAAAAAAAAUAUCAAUUUAUGAAUUAAGAAAAAAAUAGUUUGAAAGUUGCGAACAGUUAAGAGAGUCUAGAGAAAUUUUAGAAAGAAAAGAAAUAAUAGAAUAAUUUAUGCAAAUGUUUGGAAUUAAUAAAGAAUAGGAAGAAGUGAUAAAUUCUAUCUUAGAUACAACAACAGAAAUAUGUUGGCUAAAUUAUUAAUCUUUAAAAACCAACUGGAAAAAUGAAAAAGAAAUAGUAAGCUAUUUAAAUAUGAUUAAAUGUUUUCCUUAAAGUUAGAAUUUAAAAUUUCAUUUCAAUCUACAUCUAAAAUAUUUGAAUGAUAUCACUUAAUUCUGUUUUAAAAUUAAGUUAUAGUCCCAGCAGUUCAGAUAUUUUAAUUAAUUCGAAGAAUAGUAAUUAAAUAGCACACUUCCGAGAAAUCCGAUAAAGGCAUAAUUAUUUCUGAAAAUCUUUUAAACUAGUAAGAAUUUAAUCAGGGUUUGA